AUGGGAUACUAUCACUCUGACAUAAACAAGAAUGAAGGGUCAGCAUCAAUCACGGGUGGUUAUUUUUAUCGCUCUCAGACAGAUCCAUGCAUGUUUGGAAGGUAUUUGUAUGCAGAUUUGUAUGCUGGAGCCAUGUGGGCAGGCACUGAAACACCCGAAAAUAGUGGUAACUUUACCUCCACCAAAAUUCCCUUCAGCUGUGGAAGGGACUCUCCCAUCCAGUGCACUUCUGUGCCAGGAAGUGCUCUACCAUCUUUGGGUUACAUUUUCUCGUUUGGGGAGGACAACCGCAAGGAUAAUUUUAUCCUAGCCAGCAGUGGUGUUUAUAGAGUUGUUCGUCCCAGUCGCUGCAAUUACACUUGCUCGAAGGAAAAUGUCACAGCUGUUGCAAGCCCAAGUCCUACCUCACCCCCUUCACAUGCAAGCCAGCGACAUGGAUCAUUUAGCAGGAUUCUAGUCCUGUUCUCUUCUUUGUUGCUGCUUUUGUUGGGUGUCAUCUAG